UCCUAAUCCCUGAUUUAUCAGAGAGGUUUCUUCUUCACAUCUUCCUCUUGCCUCCUGAAGGCAACGGAAGCUUCUGACUUGUGCUCGUCUCGUCUCCAUGACACGUCGCGUGCAUCAUCUGACCAACACGCGCAAACAAAUGCCGGAUAAAUACUGCUCCUGUUCCAUAUAUUCCUCUUCACCACCACCACCACCAACAAGGAACCCCCCAUGGCCGACUACAACCGCUACGGCCACACCUACGCCGGCGGAUACACCAGCCACGCGCCGCCGCCCUCCUCGUACGGCUACGGCGGUUACCCGUCAGCCUACCCGCCGCCGCCCUCUCAGGGGACGCCGGGGGGAUUCGGCGGAUACGGCUUCGUCCCCGUCGCCUUCCCGCCGGGGACGCACCCGGACGUCGAGCGCGCCUUCCGCGCCGCCGACCGCGACUGCAGCGGCGCCAUCGACGAGCACGAGCUGCAGGGCGCGCUCUCCACCGCCUACCACCGCUUCAGCAUCCGCACCGUCCGCCUGCUCAUCUUCCUCUUCAACGACCCGGCCGCUUCCUCGCCGUCACGGAUGGGACCAGCACAAUUUGUAUCCCUCUGGAAUUGCCUUGGGCAAUGGCGGGGUAUUUUUGACAGAUACGAUAGGGAUCGGAGUGGAAAAAUUGACUCACGUGAGUUGACAGAAGCUCUUCGCAGCCUUGGAUAUGCCGUUCCACCUUCUGUCAUCGAGCUUCUUAUAGCGAAUUACAACAAUGGUGUGCCUAGCAAUGGUGCACUAGACUUUGACAACUUUGUGGAAUGUGGCAUGAUUGUGAAAGGGUUAACUGAGAAAUUCAAGGAAAAGGAUACCCGAUACAGCGGCUCAGCAACUCUUACAUACGAUGGAUUCUUGUCAAUGGUCAUCCCCUUCAUAGUCCCGUAGAUUCUUUGGUUGAUUUUGAUCUUUAGACCAAUCAAGCUGCUGUAUGUUUGUAGUCUAGUCACCGUGGUUCUCCAAUAAUUUGUGCAUAUGAAAACUUCUGUAACUAGUGAGUGGUUGUCUAGCAAAUUGAUUUCGUAAUGCAUAUCUUGUUGGUUUUGUACAUUAGAGGUAGGGUUUCAGUAUCAUGGAAUUUACAUAGUCUGGAUUAUGAAAUAUUUCAAGGACGAUAAGUAAGGCCUGGUUUUGUCUCUAGACCUACCAGGUGUUGUGCCGUUUUCAA